CUCUGGGGCAGUGCUUGUGUGUGAAUCAUUGAACUACAGCACAAUGCUUGAAAGCGCAUGAUGCCUGGUACAGAGGCUACCCAAGGCACUUUUCUGUGAAGACAGGGGAUAGAUACUCAAAGUAGAUGCCAUGCUGUGAUUGCAAGGUGUGUUUUUUAUUUUUUAUUAAAGGGAGCAAGAGAAUACAAAUACUCUGGAUGCACAUCCUCAUGCUACUUAAGGAUAUUUUCUUUUUUUCCUGAAGGAUAUCGCUGAUUCUUUAAAGCUAUACUAUUUAUGGUAAAUGAUUCAUAGCACAACUGACUGAACUGGGGUCCAGUGUUAAAUGGAGGUUCAACGCUUUUGAUAGAGUCUUGAAUUGGCAACAGAUUACCCGUUCAACAUGAUGCUAUCUACUGAUUCAGAAAAACAAAAUUUGCAUUAGCUGUCAAGCAGAGACAAGUAUACCAGGUUCCACUAGCUAAUAUUCCAGUGACAACGACUGGAUUACAGUAUCCACAUCUUUACAGUUUGCAGCUCAGCAAUUUCAGGUGAUGCAUAGAACUUGCAGCAUUCCAAGUGAGCAUUAAGACGACACACAGUCAAGUAUUUCUACUUGUGACUGAACACUCAACUUGAUGGAGUUCUAAAAACAAGCCCAACUGGUGGACCAUCCUCUUGAGACUCAGUUUAGUCUCUACUAGGACCAGCUGGACCUGUAUUGUUAUUGAUAGUGACACAGAAAAUCAGGCUGUCACAGGUGCCUUUAGUACACGAUAAGGGCAUAUGAUCUUGAAAUUAUCUUUACUUUCUUCUUCCAAGAGACAUCAGUUAUUUCAAUUUUCCUGUCUUUGUCUCCUGAGUUUGGUGGAAAUAUUUUCUCCACUUACCUUCCUGAAGCUGAGAAAGAAAUAGCCUGCAUUUUCAUUGAAGAUAUUUUGAAAUCGAACAAAAUAGAAAGUGCGGCACACAGGGGCUUUGGUCCAUAAAUUACAAUGAGACUGACAACAACCAUGCACAGUGCUGGUCCUGAGAGAUUACAAGAAGAAUGCUGGUCCCGGGUGCACUAGGGCAGGAUGCAGUUGUGUUGGCAGUGCUCGUCAGCUGCUAGAUGGUUGUCGUUGAUGCUGCUAUGGCAGUGGGCAGUGCUGGGUCAUCUCGGCUGGUUUUUGGUUCUUGCUGCUGCUCCGGAUCAGCAUGCCACCUCCACAGAUGCUGCCAGGGUGGACGGGCACCUGGACUGGCUCCUCUUUGACAGGGGACCUUUUCACCGCUCCCCAGAGUAUACCGACUUUAAGGAGAGGUUCCAACAGGGCUUCACCACCAGAUACAAGAUCUACAGAGAGUUCAGCCACUGGAAAGUGAACAAUUUGGCUGCAGAACGGCGGGACUAUUUUAAGGCACCCUUACCCCUGACCCCCGAGUUCAUUCGUAACCUGAGACUGCUGGGACGCCGGCCCAGUCUGCAGCAGAUCAAUGAAAACCUGAUCAGGAAAUACGGGACCCACUUUCUGGUGUCUGCUAUACUAGGAGGAGAAGAAUCACUUACUAUAUUUUUGGACAAGCAGAAGUUGAGCAAAAAAGCAGAAGGCAAUGGCAACAGUUCAGCAGCAACUCUGGAGACACUGCAUCAGCUGGCAGCCUCUUAUUUUAUUGACAGGGAGAGUACACUAAGAAGACUGCACCAUCUCCAGAUAGCAACCUCCGCCAUCAAGGUAACAGAAACCAGGACUGGACCUCUAGGAUGCAGUAACUAUGACAGCCUGGAUUCAGUCAGUUCAGUCUUAGUGCACAGUCCUGAAAACAAAAUCAAUUUACAAGGCCUCCAGGGCAUCCUCCCAGAGUUUCUUCAGAACCGUUUCGUGGAGGCAGCCCUCAGCUAUGUGGCCUGCAAUUCAGAGGGUGAGCUCCUCUGUCGCAACAAUGACUGCUGGUGCCAGUGCAGUGGCAAGUUCCCGGAGUGUAACUGCCCUUCCACGGAUAUCAACGUUAUGGAGGACAACCUACGCAAAAGCAAAAAAGCCUGGGCCAGCUUUAAUGCAGACUUUGAGGAAUCAGAUGAAUACAAGGUUUUCCUGAAGAGACUCCCGACUGAUCGCUUUUUGAAUACAUCAGUCAUAUUCCAGUUCUGGAUGGCAGAUACAAAUCUCCAGCGACGUUAUGGACAACUGGAAACCAGCAGCAGACUGCUUCUCGAGAAAGCAAAAAAGAUUGUCCGCAAACUUUUCACGUUGAGCAAACGCUGCCCGAAACAGCCAAAGAUUAGCCUCCCCAGGGAAAGACCUUUGAGUUUUUGGCUGAACCGUGCCCAGUCCCUCUUAUACUGCAAUGAGCACAGCACUCCAGGAAUCUUUUCUGAAGAGGUACAUGGCUGUACCUGCCCCUUUGAUCAGACAGCCUGCCAGGGGACAGUCCCUUGCAUGGUGGCGGAUGCAGCAGCUUGCUCCUCCUGUGCCCCUGACAAUCUCACCCGUUGCGGCAGCUGCAACCAGGGCUACCUGCUGCUUCAUGGUGCCUGCAAGCCCAAAGUUGCUGACUCUCUGGAUCACUACAUCAACUUUGACUCAGAAAAGCUGGAUGCAGAGUUGAAAUAUCUCCUGCAGCAUCUGGACAGCAGGGUGGAAGUGCACGCCAUUUACAUCAGCAACGACAUCCGCCUAGGCAGCUGGUUUGACCCGGCCUGGCGCAAACGCAUGCUGCUUACCCUAAAGAGCAACAAGAACAAGUCCAACCUCAUCCACAUGCUAAUGGGUAUCUCCUUCCAGAUCUGCUCCACCAAAAACAGCACCCUGGAGCCAGUGCCUGCAAUCUACGUAAACCCCUUUGGGGGAAGUCACUCUGAAAGUUGGUUCAUGCCUGUAAGCCAACAGGAUUUCCCAGACUGGGAAAGAACUAAAUUGGACGACGGACUUCAGUGUUACAACUGGACCUUAAUGAUGGGCACCAAGUGGAGGUCCUUCUUUGAAACUGUCCACAUCUACUUGAGGAGCCGGAUCAGGUCAGAUGAUCCUAGCAGCAAUGAAACUCUCUUUUAUGAGCCUUUAGACCCUAGAAAUGGUGCAGACGACAUGGGCUACAUGAAGAUAAACAGCAUCAAAGCGUUUGGUUAUAGCAUGCACUUUGACCCAGAAGGGAUCAGAGAUUUGAUCAUGCAACUGGACUAUCCCUACACUCAUGGAUCUCAGGACUCAGCUUUCCUCCUGCUGUUGGAGAUGCGAGAGCGGGUCAACAGGCUGUCCCCACAUAGCCCACAGCGCCUGGAUCUUUUCUCCUGUCUGCUGCGGCAUAGGCUCAAGCUCUCCACUAGUGAGGUGGUUAGAAUCCGAGACUCUCUCCAGGCCUUUAGCUCCAAACUGCCAAACACAUCUGAUCAGGAACUAAUCCAGUUGUGCAGUUAGAGUUGGACUCCGUGGGUAGUCUGUCAUGUCCCAAAAGAGAAGGUCUUAUUGUACAUGUUUGUACAUAAUUAUUUUCAGUUGUGUAUACAUUUAAACAAGGCAGAAUUUGGAGCAUGCAUGCUCUUUUUCAAGGUUAAUCAUAAUAGGUGAAAGGAAAUUAGUUAAGAUGGCCUUGCUGCUUGGUUUGAUGUUGUUUAUGAAGCACAGCAUUCAGAAGAAGAAGCAGGAUAAACCUGUCAGUUCAAAAGUACACAACUUUUUUUUUACUUCAAGAUUAUUCUUUUGAAUGUUAGACAAAAAGGAAAAAAGAACAGAUUUUUUUACAGAACAUUUUGAUUGUAUUGAAUGUUGUGUUUCAGUAGUCUUUAUGUUGCAGGUGAACAAAGAAUGAAGGCAAGGUUUGGUUAUUAGUGUACAUAAUGACCCUGUAAUACCCAUUGUUGUGCCUCUGCCUUUCAGUACUAUUCCACACUCUGCUUUGAGUGUGGGUCCAAGGAAUGUAAAUUGUAAUGUUUUGCUUUGUUUUUAAAUGUACUUGGGCACCAAAUUGCCAACAAAUAGAACAUUUUAUCAAGGGUUAACCCUUCAUUUACUUAAUCAAAAUUAAGUCAAUGAGAUAUACCUCGAUUAUCAAAUUAACAAGGUGGUUAAGUCACUUUUUAGUUUGUGAUUUCAUUGAAAUCAUGAAUCCCCUGUUCACCUGUGACUGACCUGAAAUAAAAGUUUUUGUGAUUCAGGUUAGAAGUAACCUUCUUUAAUUUGAAGUAAGACAGUGUCUUACAGUAGUUACAAAGGACAAGAUAACAUUCAAUGUAUUUGUUGUUAAUUUAUAUACUUUUUUUAAAAUCUACUAAUCGUGCAUUGUUUCCAAAUAAUAAAGUGAAAUGUGGAAAUUGUGAAAGUAAAAACACCAAAAACUA